AUGGUCGCGAACGAUGCUGGAGAUGUCGCAGAUCCACAAAGCACUGCCGCUCGCCUUCCGCGGAGCCUCCUGGCCCGCCGACACGACUCGUCAGCUGAUCGCGAGCGGUGGAGACAAGGCCUUCCGAAUGCUCAUGCAACUGGAGAAGACGGCGACGCGACCGUUGCCUCGACUAAAGCAGCGCGGCGAGAUUACCACUUCUAG